UACCACCCAGAAGUAUAUAUAUAUACCAACACCAUGUGUCAGUCAAUCCCCCAUCUUACCUACCAGCUCACUCUUUACCAAUCUAAUCCAAUCUUCGAAAUCAUUCAACAUGUCUUCCACUGUCAACGUCGCGGGUCACCAGGUCGGCCGUAUGGGUUACGGGCUGAUGCAGCUCACUUGGACCGCGAAACCCGUCCCUGAUAUCACUGCUUUCGCAGCUAUGAAAGCUGCUGCCGAUCACGGAUCCACUUGCUGGUCCUCUGCGACCUUCUACGGUCCGCCUGAUGACCGUUUUGCAAACCUCAAGCUCAUUCGUCGUUUCUUUGAUACAUACCCAGAGUACAAAAACCAGGUUGUUUUGGCAGUCAAGGGUGGUGUCGACUUCACCUCCCGUGGUCCGGUCGGUGACGACCUUGAUUUCCUUCGUGACGAGCUCAAGACUUCCAAAGACAUUCUUGGCGACAAAGCUAUCGACGUCUUUUCCGUUGCUCGACUCCCCAAUUCCCCUGUGGAGGAUGUCUUCAAGGGCCUUGUGACUUUGCAGAAGGAGGGCUGGUACAGUGCCAUCGCCGCCAGUGAAAUGUCUGCCGCUUCUCUCGAGAAGGCUUCCAAGAUCACCCCUAUUGCCCUCAAUGAGAUCGAAGUCUCCCUGAUCUCCUAUGAGCCCUCCAUCCGCGCUGCCAUCGCCUGGUCGCAGACCAACAAGGUCCCCUUCUUCGCCUACUCACCCCUCGGCCGUGGCUUGCUCACACGGACCUACAAGACCCCCGAAGACGCCGCCGGUCAGGUGGCCGGUCACAUCCCCAGGUUCCAGGGCGACGCUUUCUAUGAAAACAUGAAAUUGGUGGAUCUGGUGGAAGAGAUUGCUGGCAAGAAGGGAGUCAAGGCAGGGGAGUUGGCGCUCGCUUGGGUUUAUGGAACUUCUGACUAUGCUGUCCCUAUCCCUGGAUCGUCCAAGCCUGAGCGCGUGAUCGAAAACAUCAACGCUGCCAAUAUCAAGUUGACGCCCGACGAGCUCAAAGCCAUCUCCAACCUUCUCGAGACUUUCGAGGUCAAAGGAGGCCGAUAUGCCGACCAUGCUAUCGCCCACUUGAUGAAGUAAAGGAAGAAAUACUUUUAGGCCGCGCUCAAGACCAAGACUGUGUAUGAUUGAACGCUUGGCCACAGCAAGUGAGAUGACCACAGGCAGCACCGAUAGAAUGCAUCAUAUGUAUAUAGAUUCUAUGUAGAAGCAAAGCAUAGCAAAC